UCGGUACCACAUUUUUGCGCGAUCAUCUUCACUUGUCUGCUGGUUUCUUCUCUCUCUCUCUCUCUCUCUCUCUCUCUCUCUCUCUCUCUCUCUCUCUCUCUCUCCUGUCUCUUAUACACAUCUAGAUGUGUAGAAAAAAAAAGAGAGAGAGAGAGAGAGAGAGAGAGAGAUGUUGUCGGCGGUGACGGGUGCAAAGAGCGAUGGACAGCGGGAUCACGUGGACACUGUUUUCGCGUCUCGGUACGUUAAAGUGGGGCUUCCAAAGCUUCGUAUGCCCGAGUGUGAAACGCCGAAAGAGGUGGCUUAUCAAGUAAUUCACGACGAGUUGCUUCUGGAUGGGAAUCCACGGCUGAACCUUGCGUCUUUUGUGACGACGUGGAUGGAGCCCGAAUGCGACAAACUGAUCCUGGAAGCGCUCAACAAAAACUACAUUGACAUGGACAACUAUCCGAUCUCCACGGAGCUUCAAGACCGCUGCGUCAACAUGAUUGCCCGCCUUCUCAACGCUCCAAUCAAGGACGGCGAGUCCGCCGUCGGCGCGGGGUGUAUUGGUUCCUCGGAGGCUAUUAUGCUCGCUGGCCUGGCAUUCAAGAGGAAAUGGCAGAACAAGCGCAAAGCUCAGGGCCUGCCCUUCGACAAGCCGAACAUCGUCACCGGCGCAAAUGUGCAGGUGUGUUGGGAGAAAUUUGCAAGGUACUUUGAGGUGGAACUGAGGGAGGUGAAAUUGCGAGAAGGCUAUUACGUGAUCGACCCUGUCAAGGCCGUGGAUAUGGUAGAUGAGAAUACUAUCUGUGUGGCGGGCAUUCUUGGCAGCACCUACAACGGCGAAUUCGAGGACAUCAAGCUUAUCAACGACCUGCUGAUGGAGAAGAACGCGAAGACUGGGUGGGACACUCCCAUCCAUGUGGAUGGGGCCAGCGGGGGAUUCAUAGCCCCAUUCUUGUACCCGGAUCUUGAAUGGGACUUCCGUCUUCCUCUGGUGAAGAGCAUCAACGUCAGCGGACAUAAGUAUGGUCUUGUCUAUGCUGGCGUGGGAUGGGUAGUGUGGAAGAGCAAGCAGGAUCUGCCCGACGAGCUGAUAUUUCACGUGAACUAUCUGGGAGUCGAUCAGCCGACCUUCACUCUCAAUUUCUCUAAAGGCGCUAGCCAUCUCAUCGCUCAGUACUACCAGUUCAUCCGCCUGGGACAGAACGGGUACAAGCGAGUGAUGGAGAAUUGCAGGGAGAACGCACUGUACUUGCGGGAUGCAGUCGAAGCGACGGGGUACUUCGACAUUCUCUCGAAGAAAGAGGGAGUUCCUCUUCUUGCAUUCUCUCUCAAGGACAGAAGUCAGUUCGAUGAGUAUGACGUGGCGGACAAUCUUAAGAGAUGCGGAUGGAUAUUGCCAGCAUACACGAUGGCACCGGAUGCUGAACACGUGUCGCUCUUGCGCGCUGUGGUCAGAGAGGAUUUCAGUAGAACGCUGGCGGACCGGCUUCUGCGGGACAUCACUCGGACCAUCGAUUAUCUCAAGAAACGUGCGGUGGUGAAACCGUCGGAACUGGUACCGACCAGACCAGUCCCGGCUGAGCAGAACGAGGAGAGGAUCGGCCGCGAGUCUCUGCGUUUAUCGAGGCAGAAGUCUACGAAUGCGAGGUCGCAGGGAGUCUGCUAGUUCAUUUCCUCCACUCUCUCUCUCUCUCUCUCUCUCUCUCUCUCUCUCUCUCUCUCUCUCUCUCUCUCUC